AUGGUGGACCUGUUUGUUGACCAAGUCCUGUUGAAGAACAACAAGGACCAGGACGAGAUGGACUCAGAACAAGAGAUUGUCAUGCGCCUGCAGAACCGCAUCCUCAUGCUCUUCUUUGCAUCUGCCGCAUGUGAGAGCUGCCAGCAGUUUGCUCCCACGCUCACCGACUUCUUCACACGACUGACAGAUGAUUCCUACCUGCCUGCAUCUCCCAGCAACGUGAUCUUACUUUUCCCUUCAUCUGUCAGUUUGGACCAGUCAGAGGAACAGCAAGAAAGCUUCCUUAAAGAGCUGCCCAAGAAGUGCCUGUUCCUGGCCUACGAGGACCCCUACAGGAGGGAGCUGGAGGCCAUGUUUAAUGUGGAGGAGCUGCCCACAGUGGUGGUGCUGCGUCCCGACUGCUCCAUCCUCAUCCCUAAUGCAGCGGAGGAAAUACUGUGCCUCGGCCCGGACUGCUACCGCAACUGUCAGGAGGCAGCAGAGAUCAUCGACGGGAACUUUAUGAUCAGCGAGGACUUUGAGGGGAAGUCCAUGCACAGCUUGACUGACCCUGUGAGGAGGUGGAAGUAUAAGGUGGAAGAUGAGAAGAAGAAAAAGAGCAAAGGGUGGGGUGGAGGUGGAAGGGAAGAUGCUGAGGUGGAUGGAGGACGGUCGCCAUGGUGA